UGUGUGUUUAACUGACAUUUUAUAAAUGUAAACCUCAUGAUUUAAUGGAAUUUUGCUGUCUUUUUAAAAUGAAAAAAAGUCUGCGUUUUUAACAUUCUGUAAGGGACAGUUACAGGCUCUUUAAUGCACGUUGUACCCUGUCAUAUUGGUUUCCAUUUCAUUAUGAGUUGCUUUCCUUUUCUGAGAACAGAAGAUUGCUCUCUUAACAGUGUUGGAUCCUGCUGGACUGACCUUUUGCCCAUUUAGUUCGGGUUUCAGAGAGUGUUGAAAAUUUGUGCAUGUGUUGCAACAGUUUUCAAGUUUUGGGUCAAUCUCACAAACUUUAUACCAGAGAGCAGAGGUUAAGAUGGAGGAAUAAACAGCAUUCUUGACAUCUGACUCAGACGAAAAGCAAGUUUAUCCAAAAAAAACAAACAGCUGUUGCAACAUGAUGAAACUUGCAAUCAGGUGGAGUCAUAAAAAUGAACGGCUCCAGAAAUGAAAAUAUCAGAGCGAGUAUUCAGUCCAUUGUGUGAAAUAAAGUAUUCAACUGUUUAUAGAGUACGUCUGGGGUAAGGCAGAAUAAUUAAACGUUCAAGAAGAAAAUAAUGUGAAAGAAUUAUAGUAUAACAACGUGCCCAGGUCAAAGGAGUUUUUAGAGAAAGACGAAAAAAUAAAUUACUGACUUUUCUAAAAUCUCCAGCAUUAAUGGUCAAGGUAGAAGAUUUUUCAUGGAAUAGCUGUUGUGUUUUGUUUUUGCUGUUUGCGUGAACAUUUUAUUUUUCCAAGCUUUGGUCUCUCUUUAAGACGUUCUGAAGGAGGAAACUGGUCUGGCUUGCUUUCUUAAACAAGAUCCAUCUCUAAUGUAAGAGGAUUCUUCAGUUGCAUCUGCCUGUUGGUAUCUAGCCCUCAGUGACUAGAUACCAGAACCACCCUGAAAAAGGAGGGCAAAUAAAGCAGAGAUUAAAUCCAGUUUCAGUCACAAUGGCAGACGUUGCACAGACGAAUCCGAGUGGAGCUGAAGCAGCACAAGCAGCUACUGAGGACCAGCAGAAUGUUGUUUCUCGAGUGAGCAACCUGCCACUGGUCAGUUCAACUUGUGAGGCGGUGUCCAAUGCCUACAGCAGCACCAAGGAAAACGUGCCCUUGCUGAAGGGAGUGAUGGAUGUCGCUGAGAGUGGCGCCCGGACCCUGGGAGCAGCCGCUUCCACCGGGUCCAAACCCCUGUUGGACAUGUUGGAACCGCAGAUUGCUACAAUAAAUGAGUAUACCUUAAAGAAAUUGAACGAGAUGGAAGAGAAUCUUCCAGUUCUACAACAACCAGCCGAGCAGGUUUUGUCAAACACGGUUGACAUGGUAUACCAGUCGGUGGCCAGCGCCAAAGAUGCUGUGAUGGGGGCAGUGAUGGGUGGUAUUGGACUGACCCAGGCAGCAGUCAGCAGUGGUAUCAGCACAGUCAUGGGCACCAGGAUGGGCCAGAUGGUCAGCAGUGGGAUGGACAUGGCCCUCAGCCGAACCGAGGACUGGGUCAACCAGAAACUACCAGUAACAGAGAGCGAGCUGGCUGCUCUGGCUGAACCUGCCACCAGUGACGUGGACACACCAUCACAGAGCCCCAGCUACUUCGUCCGGCUGGGUAAACUCUCCGCUAAAGUCCGGGAGCAAGCCUUGCAUCAUUCCCUCGUCCGUGCAAAGAACGCCAGGGACGCCACCUACGCUGCGGUGGCUCAGAUUACUAGCACUCUAGACCUGCUGGAAAGUGCCCGCACCAGCCUGUCCAGAGAGGCCAGUAAUCAGUUAGGCGGAGUGUCGGAGCAGCUUCUCCAGCGAUGGACAGAAUGGAAGCAGAAGCAGGCGGCAGUUGGACACACUGAGCCAGAGCCCGAUGAGACCAAAGAUGAAACUGAGCAGCUGGAACGGCGGGCACUUUCCAUGGUACGUGGUCUGAGCGAUCAACUGAGGUCAUCGUGUUCCGGUGUGGUUUCAAGUGCUCAAGGUCUUCCAGCAACAGUCCAGGACCAGCUGACCAGCGCGAAACGGUCAGCGGAGGAACUACACUCCUCUCUGGGGACCACCAGCAAUCUCACACCCCUCCUCCUGCAGCAGAGUCGUCAUCAACUAACCCAGAUUCAGCAGUCUCUUGAUGGCGUGGUCGAGUAUCUGCUAAACAAUACGCCGCUGAACUGGCUGGUAGGACCCUUCUUCCCUCAAAUCAAAGAGAAGACAGAAGAAUCGGUGAUGCUGGAGCAUGAUGGAGCAAAGUAGACUUUUUAUACCCUGAGUGAAUAAUCACUGCAGUGAUAGAAGACUAUGGUUUAAUAUAUCAUCCAAUGAACUACAUGUUUUGUUGUUAAAUUACAGCUGAUGGCACUGCAAACAAUUUCUGUUUUUUUUUUCUCUUUUUGAAUGUAAAGGAAAACGUGUUUCAUGUCAAAUCAAAUAUGAAUUAGCAUUUAGCAUGAUUUUAACAAUUUAAAGAAAGUCAUUUCCAGGUUCUUUUUUAAUUUAUCACAUUUCCUCCUUCCAUCUCGAGUUAUGUGAUCAGAUUAUCAGUUAGUUUUAAUUGCAUUCAAUUUGAAUCUGCUAACCGUCCAGUGUUGACUGUCCAUCUUAAAUGUUCAUGAAAAUAGUCAAUAACCGUUUUAUCAAUAAAUGUACAUCAAGUGUUA